CCGGACCACUUACUUCCACGCCACAUCGCAACAGUCGCAGCAACUUCCAAGAGUGCAAGAAAGAAACAGCUUAAUCAUCAGCUUAAGUCUAUCAUCUUCCAACAUUGAUUUCUGACUCAACGACGUAGCAUACUCUGUCACCAACCCGCAUUACACAAAACAUUAAAAUGGUCAAGGCUAUUGAAUCUUACGACGAGUGGAAGACUCUCACUUCUGGCUCCGAUGUCGUCGUCGUCGACUACUGGGCGACUUGGUGCGGUCCUUGCAAGAUGAUCUCUCCCCACUUUGCCAAGCUUGAGGGCAAGUUUCCCAAUGUCAAGUUUGCCAAGGUCGAUGUUGAGGAGCAAGAGGACAUUGCCAAGGAGGCUCAAAUCAAGGCCAUGCCUACUUUUGUCGCCUACAAAGACGGCAAGGUGAUUGAGACUGUUACUGGUGCUGUCCCCGCAAAGAUCAAUGCUUUGCUCGACAAGGUCGCGGCUUAAUUACAUAGAUUGAUCGUGCAUGUCAGAAGUUGAAUGUAUAAAAUGAUCAAUUCUCGCCAGGUGUCUUAAGUAUCGCAUGGUUUUUGGAAUCAUCUAGUGGAAAUAUAGAACCGUCGAGUUCCAAAGCUGCAUUUCAGAGCUCUGCUGUAUCAUCGCACCGAGUGGUCGUGGAGCGGUAGGAUUGCAAGUAAUUGGCUCUGUCUUUUAGCAGCUUGGACAACGUCUCCAAUCCAUCGUCAACGCCAUCCGGAGGCAGCUCGUCGUUGUGCUCAUGCGCAUGCGCAAAGUCUAUUAAAGCACAUCUGACUUCUGUCUUCCCCGUAAACUCGGACACACCAUGCGCGAUGAGCAGCGAACUUCCUGGAUAGCUCCAUCCUGAUUCUUUCAUAGCUGUUCUUAUAUCGGUAACGCUUUCAAUGGUCUUUAAGGUCCUACUUAACAUGUCUGCCAUGCAAUCCGACGACGGUUUUCUUUGCAGCCUACUGCUCGGGUCAGUCCGUAAAGUCAGAUGUGGUUUUUUAGAAAAAAGAUGCCAAUCGGUAACGCUUGGGAAGACACAUGCCAUAGAAUCGCUCAAAUUGUCAUCUCGAAGGCUAUAGCCGUAGCUUUUGGUAGUCGA